GGCUGUAAGCUUUGCCUAUUGUUGUCCGUUAUAGGGAAGCUUUGCUUGCCCGUGGUCGGGGUGACCGUCUGAUGAGAGGUGGAUUACAAGGAGAGUUAGAGAGACCAAUAGCUGCCGGUGGGAGUAUUUGUUAUUCACAUGGAACAGACUCGGUGCUGUGCUGUGGACUAGCUGUCUCUUUCAGCACCGCGGACAGCUGCAUGUGCGGAGACAGCCCUGCACUCUCAGGGCAAUGAGGCUCCAGGACGCUGCUGGGCGGUUGACUUUAUCCAAGGAAACAACAGAAAGACAUGACUUGGAGGCCAUUGAUUCCUCGCACUGAAUUUACUGAUGUCUUCAGCACCCGUACUCUCUGUUGGAUAUGCUGAUUGGAUUAGAUUGAAUUUUAUGCACAAAUGACACUUUCCUUUGUGGUUGAGAAAGUCAUGGCCCCUCUGCUAAGCACUGCUUUGUAGUCAUAUCCUGGGCACUGAUGGUAGCAUCUAAAACGUGCAGCUUCAAAGGGUAUAUUUUUUCGUAUUAUACAUUAAAUGCUUGGCAUCUGAAUUGCAACAAUGUUUUUGGGAAGCUUGAUAGAAAGAAAAAAAUCUAUUUCUUGCCCCUGCAUUUUGGCUUCAGCCAUCAAGUUGUGUUGGAUUCUCAGUCUCAUUCAAAGAACCAAGGGCCAGGAAUACGCUCACUCCAUCAGAGUAGAAGGCGACAUUAUUCUUGGAGGUCUCUUCCCAGUGCAUGCAAGAGGAGAACGUGGGGUGCCAUGUGGGGACCUUAAAAAAGAAAAAGGAAUUCACAGACUAGAGGCCAUGAUGUAUGCUGUAGAUCAGAUAAACAAAGAUCCAGAACUUCUUCCAAAUAUUUCUUUAGGCGUGCGCAUUCUUGACACUUGCUCAAGAGACACAUAUGCUUUGGAGCAAUCCUUGACAUUUGUGCAGGCCUUAAUAGAAAAAGAUGGUUCUGAUGUGAGAUGUGCUAAUGGAGACCCACCUAUAUUUACCAAGCCGGAUAAAAUCACUGGUGUGAUAGGAUCUGCAGCAAGUUCUGUGUCCAUCAUGGUGGCUAACAUAUUACGACUUUUUAAGAUACCUCAAAUCAGCUAUGCAUCUACAGCUCCUGAGCUAAGUGAUAACACCAGAUAUGACUUUUUUUCCCGGGUGGUCCCGCCUGACUCCUAUCAAGCACAAGCGAUGCUCGAUAUCGUGACAGCAUUAGGAUGGAACUAUGUGUCAACUUUAGCUUCGGAAGGCAACUAUGGAGAAAGUGGCGUGGAAGCAUUCACACAAAUAUCAAGGGAAAUCGGUGGUGUGUGCAUUGCCCAAUCAGUGAAAAUCCCAAGAGAGCCCAAAGACGAAGAUUUUAAUAAAAUCAUUAAACGCCUGCUGGAAACCCCUCAAGCUCGUGCAAUAAUCAUUUUUGCAAAUGAAGAUGAUAUAAGACGCAUUCUAGAAGCAGCCAAAAAAACCAAUCAAACUGGACACUUUCUGUGGAUUGGUUCAGACAGCUGGGGGUCUAAAAUAUCACCUGUGUUCCAGCUAGAAGACAUAGCGGAAGGGGCUGUCACAAUACUGCCAAAAAGAGCAUCAAUAGAUGGUUUUGAUAGAUAUUUUAGAAGCCGGUCCUUAGCCAAUAACCGAAGGAAUGUAUGGUUUGCAGAGUUUUGGGAAGAAAAUUUUGGAUGCAAGUUGGGAUCACAUGGCAAACGAAACAGUCACUUCAAGAAAUGUACAGGUCUAGAAAAAAUUGGAAGAGAUUCCAGCUAUGAACAAGAAGGCAAAGUCCAGUUUGUAAUAGAUGCAGUGUAUUCGAUGGCCCAUGCUCUUAAUAACAUGCACAGAGAUUUAUGCCCAGGAUAUGUAGGACUUUGUCCAAGAAUGAAGUCAGUCGAUGGGAAAGAACUUCUCAGUUACAUUCGGUCUGUUCAUUUUAAUGGAAGUGCUGGGACACCAGUUACAUAUAAUGAAAAUGGUGAUGCUCCUGGACGCUAUGAUAUCUAUCAGUACCAACUUAUCAACAACAGUGCAGAAUACAAGGUUAUUGGCCAAUGGACUAAUCAACUACACCUUAAUGUGGAAGACAUGCAGUGGAGAAGUCGAGAACAUACACAGCCAGCAUCUGUCUGUAGCAUGCCGUGCAAACCUGGAGAAAGAAAGAAACAGGUGAAAGGCGUCCCAUGCUGCUGGAAUUGUGAACGAUGUGAAGGCUAUCAUUACCAGUUGGACGAGGUCACCUGUGACCUGUGUCCUUUAGAUCAAAGACCAAAUGUAAACCGCACUGGUUGCCAGCUAAUCCCUAUUAUCAAACUUGAAUGGCACUCUCCUUGGGCUGUUGUGCCUGUCUUUAUAGCCAUUCUGGGAAUUGUGGCAACAACAUUUGUAAUUGUCACCUUUGUCCGACACAACGAUACACCUAUUGUGAGAGCAUCUGGACGUGAGCUCAGCUACGUGCUACUGACAGGAAUUUUUCUGUGCUACGCCAUAACGUUUUUAAUGAUUGGAACUCCAGACAUGGUAGUUUGCUCCUUGAGGCGAAUAUUCCUGGGGCUUGGAAUGUGCUUUAGCUAUGCUGCAUUGCUCACAAAAACAAACAGGAUUCACCGGAUAUUUGAGCAAGGAAAGAAAUCUGUCACUGCCCCAAAGUUUAUAAGCCCAGCUUCUCAACUAGUUAUUACUUUCAGUCUUAUAUCUGUACAGUUGGUUGGAGUCUUCAUCUGGUUUGUGGUGGAUCCUCCCCAUAUUAUAGUAGAUUAUGGAGAACAAAGAACACCUGACCCUGAAAAUGCAAAGGGGGUUCUGAAAUGUGACAUUUCUGAACUGUCUCUAAUUUGCUCCCUUGGAUACAGUAUUCUGUUGAUGGUUACAUGUACUGUUUAUGCCAUUAAAACUAGAGGGGUUCCAGAAACCUUCAACGAAGCUAAACCUAUUGGAUUUACUAUGUAUACCACCUGCAUUAUUUGGUUAGCGUUUAUUCCAAUAUUUUUUGGAACAGCACAGUCAGCUGAGCGGAUGUAUAUCCAGACCACUACUUUGACAGUCUCCAUGAGUCUAAGUGCUUCUGUAUCCUUGGGUAUGCUCUAUAUGCCCAAAGUUUACAUUAUCAUCUUUCAUCCGGAGCAAAAUGUGCAAAAGAGAAAAAGGAGCUUCAAGGCAGUAGUGACAGCCGCUACCAUGCAAAGCAAACUGAUCCAAAAAGGGAACGACCGACCUAAUGGGGAAGUGAAAACAGAGCUCUGUGAAAGUCUUGAAACCAACUCUUCAUCUACAAAGACCACAUAUGUCAGCUACAGCAAUCAUGCAAUCUGAAAUUGGACAAGACAUAACACCAAAGGUUUUCUGAUCAACAAUUCUGUAAUUCAGCCAGAGAACAUUACUGAAAAAUUAAAUAUAAAUGUAAAAGAUAUCAAUAACAGAAAAUGAUGGAUUUAUUUUUAAAAAAUAAAAGUGUUAAAAUAUUUUAAAUAAAAGCAGACAAAGGAAAAGAAAAUUAUUGUGUCGCUGAUAGAAUAAAUCCUAUUCUUCACAGCUAAAACCCCAUUGAAUGAAAAACAAAAAAAGGAAAAAAAAACUGUCAUAUGUUACACCAUAAUUGUAAGUACUUUUUGUGAUUUGUGUGAGUUUUCAUUCCUGUCCUAUAUUGUUCUACCUGUAUAGGAAAUGAGUUUGUGCAUUGUAAUGGCUGAUUGACAUGAUGCCCUGGGUUGUGUUACAUAAAUGCAAUGGUUUAAGCAUGCAAAUUUUUCUACAAAAAGAUAUUUCUAACAAUAAAGGAAUGUUUUGCAAA